AUGGAGCUCGACCUCCGUUCUUUCCUUCCCGACGACACCGACGCCGAUGUCCACGUCACCCACCACCGCACCGUCGACGAAAUUCUCAACGACUGCGAUACUUCCUCAUCCUCAUCAUCACCCUCUCCUCCUUCCUCUCCUUCUCACAAUACCAAACCCACACAAUUCCCUCAACCCGUACCCGUUUCCCUUCCCCGGGUCAAACCCGAUAAACCUCCCCGCCCUUUCUCUUCCCUAUUCGGCCGUGUCACACCCAAUGCUAAACCCGGUGCCGCUCUUGCUGCCGCUGCCGCUGCUUCUAGAUCCGUCCCGACGCCACAUGCGGCGGCGAUUAUAUCCCGGAGGAAGAGUUCACAGUCGAUCAGAACUGAAUCGGAUGAUUCUGAUAAAGGUAGUGAAUUGGGAGAGAAAUUUGAGUUUGUGGAGAGGAGAAUUGAGAGCAGUGAGAGUGUUUGUUCUGUUGAUGAGGGUGAAAUUGCAGCAGUUGAAGUGAAUGGUGCUGAUAUUCAGGUGAAGAAUGAUUCUAGUGUUGUGAGUGAGGGGAAAAGUGAUUUAGAUGAGUGUUCUGUUUCUCAUUCAUUGAAUGAUGUUGAAAAUGGUCAUGAUCAUGAUCAGGGUUUGAAUUUGAACUUAAAUUCGGUUUCGACACCUUUUGAUGUUGAUGAUGACGAUAAUGAUGAUGGUUUUGGUGAAAAAACUAGUCGAGUUGAAGAAACUGAAGAAGAAAUUGUAAAUGGUGUUGGUGUUAGUGGUGGUUCUGUUGGAGGUAUUGAGAAUGAAUUUAGUGGUGGUGGUGAUGAUGGUGGUGGUGGUGAUGAUGGUGGUGGUGGUGAUGAUGAUGGUGGUGGUGGUGAUGAUGAUGGUAGUUCAAUAGGUGAUGUAUUUGAACUAGUAGAAGAGACACUUGAGGAAUUGGAAAGUGUAAAUCUCAAAAAGAAAAAAUCCGAGUCUUUAAAGAAGCCACUUGAUUUAGCAGAGGAAUUGGAGAAAAAGAAUGCUUCAACUGGUUUGCAUUUGGAAGAGGGUGCAGCUGCGCAGCCAAUGCGGCUUGAAGGCGUUCGGAGAGGGUCUAUUACAUUGGGAUAUUUUGAUGUUGAUGCUGAUAAUGCUAUCACAAGGGCCAUUUCAUCGCAGACAUUUAGGCGUGAUCAUGGUUCUGCUCAAGUCUUGGUGGUUCAUGCUAAUUUCAUUGCAGUUGGAAUGACAAAAGGGCUCAUUGUUUUAGUGCCGAGUAAAUAUUCCAUUCAUCAUGCGGAUAAUACAGAUGGAAAGAUGUUGAUGCUUGGUAUACAAGGUGAUCGAUCACACGCUCCAGUGACGUCCAUGUCUUUCAAUCAUCAAGGAGAUCUUCUUUUAGCCGGUUAUGGUGAUGGUCAUGUUAAACUUUGGGAUACACAGAAAGGGGUUGUGGUUAAAGUUAUUAGUGGAGAACAUACAGCCCCAGUGGUACAUGCUUUUUUUCUAGGACAGGAUCCUCAGAAUACUCGUCAAUUUAAAGCAGUUACAGGUGAUUGUAAGGGUCUGGUUCUCUUACAUCAUAUCUCGUUGGUUGUUUUGAUCAAUAGGUUCAACGUCAAAACUCAGUGUCUUCUUGAUGGGCAAAGAACGGGCUUGGUGCUAUCUGCUUCACCACUCCUUUUAGACGAAUUCGGUGGAAGUGCCUCAUCUUAUUCCCAGGGAAACGCCAUGGUCUCAACCAGCAGUAUAAGUAGCAUGGUCGGAGGUGUUGUCGGGGCUGAUGCAGGUUGGAAACUCUUCAAUGAAGCCUCUUCUCUGGCUGAAGAAGGUGUGGUUGUAUUUGUCACCCAUCAAACUGCUUUGGUGGUACGGCUCAGUCCUUCAUUGGAAGUCUAUGCUCAACUCUCAAGGCCAAAUGGAAUCCGGGAGGGUUCUAUGCCAUAUACUGCAUGGAAGCACAUGCCACAAACAAGUAGUUCUACUGAAAAUAUGUCUGCAGAAGCUGUUGAAAGAGUUUCUUUGCUUGCAAUUGCUUGGGAACGGAAAGUUCAGGUCGCAAGAUUGGUCAAAUCAGAAUUAAAAGUAUAUGGAGAAUGGUCUCUUGACAGUGCGGCUAUAGGUCUGGCCUGGUUAGAUGAUCAGAUGCUGGUAGUGCUCACUUCAACCGGACAGCUGAAUUUAUUUGCUAAAGAUGGAACUGUGAUUCAUCAAACAAGUUUUGGUGUGUUUCAUCAAACUAAUUUUGGUGUAGAAGGUAUUGGAGGAGAAGAACUACUUUCAUAUCAUACUCACUUCAUCAACAUUUAUGGGAAUCCAGAGAAAGCUUAUCAUAACUCCAUAGCUGUAAGAGGAACUUCUAUUUAUGUACUUGGUCCAACACAUCUUGUUGUUUCUCGUCUUCUCCCUUGGAAAGAACGUAUCUUGGUUUUACGAAAAGCAGGUGACUGGAUGGGUGCCUUGAACAUGGCAAUGACUCUUUACGAUGGCCAUGCUCAUGGGGUUGUUGAUCUACCUAGAACCUUGGAUGCAAUACACGAGGCUAUAAUGCCCUUCUUGGAGGAAUUGCUUACAUCAUAUGUUGACGAAGUGUUCUCCUAUAUUUCAGUGGCUUUCUGCAACCAAAUUGGAAAACCUGAUCAAUCCAAUGGAUCAGAUAGUAGAAGUAAUAAUUCAGUACAUUCUGAAAUAAAGGAACAAUACACACGGGUUGGUGGAGUUGCUGUUGAAUUUUGCUGUCAUAUAAAACGGACAGACAUCCUUUUUGAGAAAAUUUUCUCCAAGUUCGUGGAUGUGCAUGUUCAACAGAGAGAAACAUUUUUGGAGCUUCUGGAGCCAUAUAUUUUAAAGGACAUGCUUGGAUCUCUACCUCCUGAGAUUAUGCAAGAACUGGUAGAGUAUUAUAGCACUAAAGGGUGGUUACAGCGUGUUGAGCAAUGUGUGCUUCACAUGGAUAUUUCAUCCUUGGAUUUUAAUCAGGUUGUUAGAUUAUGCCGGGAGCAUGGACUAUAUAGUGCUCUGGUGUAUCUCUUUAAUAAAGGAUUAGAUGAUUUUAGAGCACCUCUUGAGGAGCUCUUUGCAGUUCUACAAAAUAGUCCGAAGGAAAAUGCUAAGGCACUUGGGUAUAGAAUGCUGGUUUAUCUCAAGUACUGUUUUAUAGGUCUUGCCUUUCCUCCAGGCCAUGGAACUAUUCCUACUACGCGGUUGCCAUCUCUUAGAAAAGAACUUGUAGAGUUUUUGCUAGAGGGUUCCAGUGCUACAAGAUCAAGGACUGCUUCAGGUUCCGUGUCCAAACAGCCUUACCUGAAUCUAUAUCUUCUUCUAGAGUUAGACACCGUAGCUACAUUAGAUGUCCUCCGAUGUGCUCUCAUGGACGAUAAAAUUUCAAAUUCCAGCUCAUCUUCACUGGAUUCAGCUGACAAACCCAUUGAAGAAGAAAACAAAGAAAAUAAUAAUGUUACUGAAACUGAAAAUAUUUUGGUUCAGAAUACAGUGGAUGCUCUUAUUCAGAUAACUGAUAUGAAUGUUGCUCCAUCGGAUACAACCUCUAGUAGUGGUGAUGAGGGAUUAACCAAAGAGUGGCCUUCAAAGGAAAAAGGUUGUCUGUUUGAGUUCAUUGCAUAUUAUGUUGCUCGCCAAAGAGCUAAAGUUUCAAAGGGAAUGCUUUGUCGAAUAUUGGAAUAUCUGACAUUGGAUAAUCACGUCUUAGCUAAUGUUUCUUCUCAUAGUUCAACGCCAAAAAAUAGAGAGAAGCAAGUGCUUGCACUUCUGGAAGUAGUUCCUGAGUCCGAUUGGGAUGUUCCAUUUUUGCUAGACUUAUGUGAGAGAGCCAAAUAUUAUCAGGUUUGUGGACUGAUUCAUUUCAUCAGACAUGAGUAUGUGGCUGCAUUGGAUAGCUAUAUGAAGGAUGUAGAUGAGCCUGUUCAUGCCUUCUCCUUUAUCAACAAAGCAUUCUCACAGUUGAUUGGCAAUGACCGUGCUGCUAUUCGAUCAGCAGUCCUAUCUCGAAUUCCUGAAUUGGUUGAACUAAGCAGGGAAGGUGCAUUCCAUAUAGUUACCAGACAUUUCACUGAUGAAAGUUCCCAUAUCAUCACUAAACUUCAAUCUCAUCCAAGAAGUCUUUUCCUUUAUUUAAAGACACUCAUUGAGCUUCAUUUAUUUGGCACCCUAGACCUGUCUAAUUUGACAAAGGAUGUUUUCACAAACCCCCCUAAUGGAAAGCAGGAUAAGGAUCUCCCACAAGGAAUCCACGAUUACUUAGAAAAUAUAUCCGAUUUCCCCAAGUAUAUGCGUGAAAAUCCUAGUCAUGUGCCUGAUGAUCUUAUUGAGCUUUACCUAGAGCUGUUAUGCCAGUAUGAACGGGGUUCAGUCCUAAAGUUUCUAGAAAUGUUUGAUAGCUAUCGCGUGGAACAUUGUUUACGCCUGUGCCAAGAAUAUGGCAUUAUUGAUGCUGCUGCUUUCUUAUUGGAAAGGGUUGGUGAUGUUGGUAGUGCUCUUUCACUUACACUUUCUGAUCUGAAUGAUAAAUUUGUUGAGCUUGAUGCUGCUGUGGAAGCUGUAGUGUUAAACCAUCCCAAGCUUGAUUCUUCCCAUAUGGAAGUAUUCAACACUGUUUUAAGAACAAAAGAGGUGAAUGUCAUGUAUGAGUUAUUGCAUGCAUGUAUCGGUCUGUGUCAGCGGAACACCCCUCGUCUAAAUCCUGAGGAGUCAGAGGCACACUGGUUUAAAUUACUUGACUCGUUUUGUGACCCAUUGAUGGAUUCAUAUGUCGAAGAGCGAGAAUAUGAAAGAAAAAAUUAUUUUGGCGUGCUAGCUGGAUCAGCAGAUUCACAAUUGGACAAAGACACCUAUAAAAGUAGUUGGAAGAUUUCUCAGUCCGGAAAUGGUGAUCUCGAGAGAAAAUUGUUAUCCCAAUUCAUUAAAGAGAUUGUUGAGGGAAUGAUAGGUUAUGUUCACCUUCCAGCUAUCAUGUCCAAACUAUUGUCUGAUAAUGGUAGUCAAGAAUUUGGCUAUUUUAAACUUACCAUAUUAGGGAUGCUGGGAACAUAUGGCUUUGAAAGAAGAAUUCUGGAUGCUGCAAAAUCCUUGAUAGAGGAUGAUACAUUCUAUACGAUGAAUUUACUCAAGAAAGGGGCCUCCCAUGGAUUCGCUCCCAAGAGUUCAGUGUGCUGUAUUUGUAAUAGCCUCCUUAUAAAGAAUUCGGUUACCACCGGAAUUAGAAUUUUCAACUGUGGCCAUGCAAUUCAUCUCCACUGUGAAGCCUCUGAAGUCGAGUCGUCAAGCAAAGGAUCUUCAUCUGGAUGCCCUGUAUGCAUGCCUAACCAAAAACCCCAGAAGUCUAGAAACAAAUCCAUCGAUACAGAGAAUGGUUUGGUCAAUAGAUUCUCAUCAAGGCGCCAACCCACUCAUUAUGGAAGUACAAUUCAUCACCAUGACAACGAUUUAUCAGAGAAUAUCUAUGGAGGACAACAACAGAUAUCACGGUUUGAGAUCUUGAGCAGCUUGCAGAAAAACCAAAGAUUUAUGCAAUUUGAAAACUUGCCUCCAUUGAGACUUGCCCCACCUGCUGUAUACCACGAAAAGGUAAGUAAAGUAGCACACUAUCAGACAGGAGAAAGUAGCAACAGUUCUGCAAUUAUAGAGAAAAAUAAUCGUCACAAACAAAACCGGGAGCUGAGAGUUAGAGGUUCUUCGAUUCGUUUUCCUUUGAAAUCAAGUUUUUUUGGCAAGGAAAAGACGAAUAAGCGAUGA